AUGUCGCCUCCUUCAUCAUCCAACGGAAAGGACUCUGCAGCUGCUAGGGUGUUGGGUUCGGGAACUUCAGGAAUUGCCGAGCUCCUCAUUUUCCACCCUGUGGACACCGUGGCCAAGCGCCUGAUGAGCAACAAGGCCAAGGUUUCCGCCUCGACUCUGUCGCCCAUCAUCUUCCGUGACGCCGCUUCGAAGCCACUAGUGACCAAGUUCCUGUCGCUUUUCCCCGGUCUUGGAUAUGCCGCUGGAUACAAGGUCGCCCAGCGCGUGUACAAGUUCGGUGGACAGCCCUGGUUCAACGAUAUCAUCAAUAAGCACUACAAGUCCAGUUUCACGAACACCUUUGGCGAGCGCAAGGGGAAAAUGAUGAUGCAGGCCACGGCUGGAAGCUUGACAGGUAUCGGCGAAGUCGUUCUAUUGCCAUUGGACGCUUUGAAGAUCAAGCGUCAGGUGAACCCUGAAGCAUUCCGCGGCCGUGGUGUCGUCCGGAUCUUCAUGGAGGAGGGUACCACUCUCUACCGUGGCUGGGGAUGGACCAUGGCUCGUAACGCCCCCGGAAGCUUCGCUCUCUUCGGUGCUUCGGCCGUAACAAAGGAAUAUGUGCUCGGCGUGUCCGACUACUCAAAGGCGACGUGGGGCCAGAACUUUAUUGCGUCGAUCGCGGGUGCCGUCGCGUCCAUCACCGUCGCUGCCCCCCUCGACACCGUCAAGACCCGCAUCCAGAACGCCAACUUUGAGCGCAAGGUGCACGGUGUGACGGUGGUCAAGGAGCUCAUCAAAAACGAAGGCCCGACUGCCUUCUUCAAGGGGCUGACGCCAAAGAUUUUGGUUGUUGGACCUAAGCUCGUGUUCAGCUACACGCUUGCUCAGUCGUUGAUACCACUCUUCUCCAAAUACGUUUAA